GAACUGCGGUGUAACUUACGUGAAGUUUACGGCUGACGAACUUUUGGGCGGGAUAAUAUUUACGGUUUUUUUGUGGUAUUUUGUGAUGGUGUAGAUUGAUUUUGAUUGAUGGGCAUUUUGGCGUGUAAAGGUCAAAGAUAUAUGUAACUCCAUAUAUUUAGACACCAGCUACAGUCUAAGAAAAAAUGUACCUCAAGAUCAUAUAGAAAAAGAUUAAAUAAUGGGCGGCAAAACGGGUCGAACUUCAAAACUUGCGGCGACUCUGCUGGUGGUUGUCAACUUCGUUGUCAUGAUGGCGUGCGGAGCAGUUUUCGCAUUCAGUCUAUGGGUGAUCGUCUCACCUGCCACGCUAUCGGCCAACAUAGAGAAGAUUAACAGUCCUGUGAUCAAGACUCUAUUGGCGCCUCACACCUUGACAGCUUCGCUAGGAGUGGCCUUAGCGUUGCUGGCGCUAUUCUUCUUCUUCGUGGCUUUCAUGGGUUUCUGUGGGGCACUUACACAAUCGCAGUUUCUUCUAGUCAUGUACUCAGCACUAAUUCUGCUGUUGCUUCUGCUGGAAUGUGCGCUGUUCUAUUACUUCUCGUCUACACUACUUGAGAAAGGUCUACAAUCAGAAGACGGGCAGUGGACACACGCACUUCGCAUCGCGUUCAGCUGUUGCGAGCAUUUCAAGAUUGUCUCCAAACUGUAGCAGCCUGGCUCCGCCGCUACCAAACAGCAGCGUACGCUUCUCUCGUGGCCACACAUGUAGUGUUGUCUUCCUGUGCGUUGUUGCGACGUCGGAGCUAGCGACACGCGCGCCGCGGCAGCA